AUGAGCUCGGGUUCAUCCACUGCCGAGUCCUCCGAUAUGCAGGAGUCAGCUUUCCUCAAGCGCAGCCGCGCCAUUCACCUAGGCCGGCUCAGUUUAUCCUUUUUGAUUUUGACUGGUGCUAUCGCUACUAUCGCAUGCGAGGCAGUGCCUUUCCGGCAUUAUACGUCUACCGCCAAAUGGGCGAGCGCCGGUCUCGCCCUUUGGCCCCUCAAUUUUGAUCUUCGCCCUACUAUCGCGGCAAUGUCGUGUGGCUGUGUUAUUGCGGUGCUUAACUUGAUAUACGUCGUCAUUGCUCUGCUUCCAUCCCCCCAUUCGCGGAUUCGGGUCCUAAAUACCUGUGCGUCCACUUCAGCUAUCGCGGGCUUUAUCACAGCCCUGAUCGGCCUCCUCUUCAUUAUCUACCUCCCAUCCUCAGCCUACCCAAGCGGCUUCACCGAGAACGAAACACUGUACAGCUGGACCUGCAAAUGGAAGAACACCAGCAGCACCACGACCCCGCUCCACUUUUCAAGAGACUGCCACAAUACACGUGCUGGAUUUGCCCUUCUCUGUUUCCUGUUGGGACUGGAGAUUGUCAUGGGAGUCGGUGCUGCCCUGGGAUCCUAUUUCCAGAGAGAUGUCUCUCGCCGUCGCGAGCAGGAGUUCCAACUUGAGAAGUUGGAAAUUGCUACCAAGCAGGUCUAUCAGAAUUAA